CAGCAGGAAGAAGAAACAUGGAUAUCCAAUCCACACAACUUUACCGGAGGAAAUUGGAGAUACGUUGUCCUUUCACCAGGGCAGACAGUAUUUUUUCCGUCCGGCACUAUCCAUUUCGUCUUUCGAGUACAAGGGGAACAGACGUUCGCGCUAGGUGGCCAUAUUCUUCAGUGGUCUAGCGUAGAUCGAUGGCUUGAAGUGGUCAUCGCUCAGAUGAAAAACCCGGAAAUUACGAACGAAGAUAUAGAACAAAGUGCUUCAAAGUACGUCUGCAUCGUCAAGGAGCUUCUGGAAAAUCGG